CAUUCAGAGUAGAUCACAUGUAGUCUAUGAUAAGGACUCCUGGUCAAAGUUCAUUUAAACAGUAUCACAAAGGUUUUGAAACACUUUUUCGAGUUUGCCAUUAUUAUUACUACGCAGACGGUGGACUCUGUUUUUCAAGAAAGUACGGGAAAAACCAUAACGUCACCGAGUGCAGCGUUUGGAAACCCCUUCAGAACAGGGCUCCGACAUGAAGAUCCCCGUGCUUGAUUUCGAAGUGUAUCGUCUUGGUGAAAAUGUGACGGAUGAGACGCUGAUGGAGCUGAGCCGGAACCUGCGGACAGCUUUCACUGAAAUUGGGUUUGUGUACCUGAGGAACACUGGCAUAGGCCAAGAAGAGGUUGAUGAGAUUAUGGAAAUAUCGAAAAAAUUCUUUCUUCUCCCGGCUGAAGCUAAAACCCCUUUUAGCAGAACGAGGAACACCGACGUCCACGGCUGGCUGGCUCCCGAGAUUGAGAGGUUAAAUCCUAGUAGACCAGGAGGCUUAAAGGAGUCUUUCAACAUCACCUCUCUGCACCCUGAUGCUGCCUGGCCUGCAGAGGACGUGGUACCAGGUUUCCGCCAGACUAUUGAGUCAUUCUUCAUGCGGUGUAAAGAUCUGUCCCUCCGAGUGCUCAGAGUCAUGGCCUUGAGUCUGGACAUUGACGUGGACAUCUUUGUCAACUCACACAAGGGCAUAGGGAGCGAUUUGAAUAAGAGUACCCUGCGGAUCCUGCACUACCCCCCCGUGAGACAUGAGAUGGUGAAAGAGGGGCAGCUGCGGUGUGGGGAGCACUCUGACUACGGCAGCAUCACCCUGCUGUUCCAGGACAGCAAAGGAGGCCUGCAGGUUAUGAACAGGUCUGGGGAGUACAUAGAUGCACCUGCCAUUCCUGGCACAGUUCUGAUCAACAUUGCAGACUUGAUGCAGAGAUGGACAAGCGACGUUUUCAUGUCAGCGAAGCACAGGGUUCUGCUGCCCCCUCCUGGUGAUGUAAGUACCAGACAGUCUGUGGCUUUCUUUGCGCAUCCAGAUGAUGACGUCACCAUAACUUGUUGCGACGGAUCAAACAAAUAUCCUCCAGUGAAGUCGUGGGCCUACAGUUUGGAACGCUUUAAUGACUCAUAUGGGAAAAUGGAGACAACUUCUUGAAGUGCUCUGUUUAAAAAUUCAAGUGUUCCUAUUAGUACUUUUUCCUUGUAAGAAUCACUUCGAUUGAUUUAAGAAUGUGAAUACAUUAAGCGUACGCGAAGUGAAUUCUGGAACACAAACAAUAAAACAAGAAGAAAGCCUUAAAUUACUUUAUUUUCAAAUGGUAAAGUAAAGCAUUUUGACUUUGUAAGGUAAGGGUAAUCAAAGAGGGAGA